CAGUUUUCACAUCUUAGCUUGGGGCCUGGAGAGGACCGCGAGGCUGGGCUCCAAUCCAGCCUACGAAGACGGCAAUGGUUCCCUGGAGCAGUCGCUCCCUGACGACCCUCCAUGGCGGCUGCGCCGUUGGAGCUGCUCCCGCUGCCGCCCCUGCCCACCCGUGGUGCCUGUCGCCUCCAGAGCCGCGCUGCUCCUUCGGCCCCAGAGACUGAUGCUGGUCGACCUGGGGGCGCGAUGAGAGGAGAGAAAAACCUUUACUGCCGGGGAGCUGCCGGGGACCCCGGUUCCUGUCCGCCCACCCCGUCGCCCCUGGCCUCAACCCUAGUGCUGCCCGCCGAGGCGGUGUCGGGUAGCUGGUCCGGGCCCGGCGCUGGUUUGUCUGCGGGAGAGGAAGAGGAGACUCGGCUUCUGCAGCUCCUGCGCUCCGCCCCGGAUCCUUCCGAGGCCUUUCAGGCGCUGCAGGCUGCUCUGCCGCGGCGGGGCGCCCGCCUGGGCUUUCCCCGACGCCGGGAAGCCUUGUAUCGGGCGCUGGGCCGAGUGCUCGUGGAAGGGGGCAGCGAUGAGAAGAGACUCUGCUUGCAGCUCCUCUCGGACGUCCUGCGCGGCCAGGGGGAGGCCGGCCAGCUGGAAGAGGCCUUCAGCUUAGCGCUUCUGCCCCAACUAGUCGUCUCCUUGCGAGAAGAGAAUCCUGCCCUGAGGAAGGAUGCGCUGCAGAUCCUGCACAUCUGUCUGAAACGCAGUUCUGGACAGGUGCUGAGAACGCUUAUCGAAGGUCUGGAAAGUACGGAUGCCCGGCUUAGGGCUUCCACCGCGCUACUGCUCCCUGUCUUGCUUACUCCCGAGGAUUUGCUGCUGGGCUUGGAUCUCACUGAGGUAAUCAUAUCUCUAGCCCGAAAGCUUAGCGAUCAGGAGAUGGAAGAAGAAUCCGAGAUCGCUUUCUCCACACUUCAACAAAUUGGGGAGCGGCUUGGCCAAGAAAGGUUUCAAUCCUAUAUCUCUCGAUUGCCGUCUGCCCUGAGGAGACACUACAAUCGCCGACUGGAGUCCCAAUUUGGAAGUCACGUUCCUUACUAUUUGGAACUACAAGCCUGUGGGUUUUCUGACGAUCCGGCCCCCUGUGUGGUGCCUGUUUCUAAUAGCAAUCUUAAAUUUGGAAUUAUUCCUCAGGAGCUGCAUGCAAGAUUGCUGGAUCAGGAAGACUAUAAGAACCGGACUCAGGCCGUUGAAGAAUUGAAACAGUUGCUGGGAAAAUUUAGCCCUAAUUCUACCCCUCAUUCUAGUCUGGUUGGUUUCAUUAGCUUGUUGUAUAAUUUGUUAGAUGAUUCUAAUUUCAAAGUGGUCCAUGGCACACUUCAAGUUCUGCAUUUACUGGUUAUUCGCCUUGGAGAGCAGGUACAACAGUUCUUGGGUCCAGUUAUAGCCGCUUCUGUCAAAGUGCUGGCUGACAACAAGUUGGUGAUCAAACAGGAAUACAUGAAAAUCUUCCUAAAGCUAAUGAAAGAAGUAGGUCCUCAGCAGGUGCUUUGUCUACUCCUGGAAAAUCUUAAACAUAAGCAUUCUAGGGUUAGAGAGGAGGUGGUGAACAUUUGCAUCUGCUCCCUCCUGACCUAUCCCAGUGAGGAUUUUGACUUACCCAAACUGUCUUUUGAUCUUGCCCCAGCUCUUGUAGAUAGCAAACGCAGGGUCCGCCAAGCAGCUCUGGAAGCCUUUGCUGUGUUGGCAUCAUCUAUGGGCUCAGGUAAAACCAGUGUCCUCUUUAAAGCUGUAGAUACUGUUGAAUUGCAAGAUAAUGGAGAUGGUGUGAUGAAUGCUGUGCAGGCCAGACUGGCUAGAAAGACCCUCCCCAGGCUAACAGAACAAGGAUUUGUGGAGUAUGCAAUACUCAUGCCCUCUUCUGCGCAGUGUAGAUCAAGUCAUUUGGCACAUGGAGCAGACACAGACUGGCUUUUGUCUGGUAACAGAACUCAGAGUGCCCAUUGUUACUGUGGUGACCCUACGAGGGAUAGUGUGCAGUUGUAUGGAUCUUACAGCCCAACUAUCUGUACCCGAAGGGUAGUAAGUGCAGGAAAAGGAAAAAAUAAAUUACCAUGGGAAAAUGAGCAGCCUGGAGUCAUGGGCGAAAACGAGACCUUCAAUUCCAAGAAUACAGAGCAGUUUUCGACUUGUGAUCUCAUCUCAUCUCCAAAAUUAAAGCACACUCAAGGAAUGCCAGCCAAUGAUGAUUUAUGUUUUAGCAGAAAAAGAGUUUCACGGAACUUAUUUCAAAAUAACCGGGAUUUUACAGAUUCUCUUCCUAUAUGUGCCACUGGUAAUACAGGGAUUCAUCAAACUAAUCUUCCUGGGAAAUGUGGACAAGUUGGAUUUGCACAGAUGUGUGGCAAAGCUGGCAGUGUGGGUUCUAACUUACAGUUCCUGGGGACAUCUAACAAUCAUCAAGAUAAAGUGUUUACUAGCCUAAAUUUUGGCAAUAAGGCACAACAAACAUUUGGUAGUCAAACAGAACAUACUUCAUCAUACUCUGGAUCAACUCCAAGCUCAGGACCCUUUGUCCUUCCAUCCUAUCCUCUAUCAUCACCUCGAACUAGUCCAAAGCAUACAUCUCCUCUUUCUAUAUCUCCAAAGAAGUCUCAAGACAAUACUACGAAUUUCUCAAAUUCCUGGCCUCUGAAAAGCUUUGAAGGACUGUCAAAGCCAAUUCCACAGAAAAAGCUUGUCAGCCAAAAAUCAUCUGAGCCCACAGGAGAAAAUUCUCAAGAAAAACCUACUCCAGUUCAACUUAUACCUGCCUUGGUGAGAUCACCAUCUUCACGGAGGGGCCUAAAUGGGACAAAGCCUGUCCCUCCCAUCCCAAGGGGAGUGAGCCUUUUGCCUGGUAAAGCUGAUUUAAGCACACUGGGAAAGAAGAAGAAAGAGCCUGAUGAUAUUUGGAAGAGUGAAAAAGAUAGUCUUACAAUUGAUCUUUCUGGAUUACAUUUCAGAGAUAAAGAUUUGGAUCAAGAAGAGAUGCAGAGCUCUCUCAGGUCCCUUCGUAACAGUGCAGCUAAGAAAAGAGCUAAGCUGAGUGGCAGCACUUCUGAUAUAGAGAGCCCUGAUUCUGCCCUGAAGCUUGAUCUGACCAUGGACUCCCCAUCGCGCUGCUCCUCUCCCAACAUCAGCUCUUACAGUGAAAGUGGAGUGUAUAGCCAAGAGUCACUGACAUCUUCUCUCUCUACGACUCCCCAGGGGAAGAGAAUAAUGUCAGACAUAUUUCCAACAUUUGGAUCAAAACCUUGUUCAACAAGAAUUUCUUCUGCAAAGAAUAAAAACUCUUCUGCUGAACAAAGCCCCAGUGCAGGAUUUACAAGGUCAUCAAAUUUCCAGCAAAUUUCUAGCUUUGAUAUCACAUCCACAAAUACCUUAGCAGAAGAUUCAGUAGUGGUUGUUGGAAAAGGUGUAUUUGGAAAUCCAAAUUCAGUACCAGCAACUUGCAACCAACCAGUGAUAUCUUCUGUGGAAAGCAGAGACACAGUUUCAGUUAUUAAACAGAAUAUUGAUCCACCAUCAGGGAUUUUUGGAAGAGCAGUCCAACAAAAUAUUCCAUCAUAUGUUGAUAUUGAACAUGACAAAAAUACGAAAGUUUCUAUUUCAAAAUCUACUUAUGACAAGAUGAGACAAAAGAGAAAAGAAGAAAAAGAACUCUGUGAUUCUAGAGGUUGUGAAAGGAAAGAACAGAAUCCCUGGGAACAAAUGAAACAAACAGGGACUGAGAAAAUGCUAUCUGAAAGUGAAGUAUGUCCUGGAGUCAUUCCACAGUAUAAAGAAAGGAUGACUUCUGCUGCUCAUAGUCCAGAAAUAAUGGAUUCAUUGGAACUACGGCCUUUUUCCAAACCAGAAGUAGCACUGACAGAAGCCUUAAGGCUUUUAGCUGAUGAGGACUGGGAGAAGAAAAUUGAAGGCCUCAACUUUAUCAGAUGUUUAGCUGCUUAUCAUUCUGAGAUAUUGAACACAAAGUUACAUGAAACGAAUUUUGCAGUAAUUCAAGAGGUAAAAAAUUUACGGUCUGGAGUUUCUCGUGCUGCUGUGGUCUGUUUAAGUGAUCUUUUCACGUAUCUAAAGAAGGGCAUGGACCAAGAACUCGAUAUGACAGUAAGAGUUUUAUUGCACAAGGCUGGAGAAUCGAAUACAUUUAUAAGAGAAGAUGUGGACAAGGCACUGAGAUCUAUGGUUAAUAAUGUAACUCCUGCACGAGCUGCUGUUUCUCUUAUCAAUGGAGGACAAAGCCAUUUACACAUUGCAGUUAGAAAAUGUACAGCCCAGCAUUUAUCCGAUGUGAUAGAAUUUAUGGAACCAGAGCGGAUUCUAUCUGGAACAAAGGAUAUAGCUGAACGUUUAUUACCUGCUGCUGCCAAGUUUGCUCAAGACAGCUCACAAGAAACCAGGUAUUAUGGUCGAAAGAUGCUUUUCCUCAUGAUGUGUCAUCCUAACUUUGAGAAAAUGCUUGAAAAGUUUGUCCCAUCAAAAGAUUUGCCAUAUAUUAAAGAAUCUGUUAAAAACUUACGACAAAAGGGUUUGGGUGAGAUACCAAUGGAAACUCCUUCAGCAAAAGGAAAGCGCUCACAUGCUGGCAGCAUUGGCAAUGCAAGAUCUUCUUCUGUUUCUAGAGAUACUUUCAGUCCGGCUGAAAGAGAGGUAACUGAAGUUCAUGAAGUCCCCAGAAAAUCAGGUCCUCGUAAUUCCUUAGAAAGUGCUGAGUACAUUAAAGUCAUAACAAGCUUAUUAAAUGCAAAAGACUUUCGUGACCGUAUUAGUGGAAUUAAACAACUUUUAUCAGAUACUGAAAAUAAUCAUGAGCUUGUUGUUGGGAACAUUGUGAAGAUCUUUGAUGCUUUUAAAUCUCGACUUCAUGAUUCUAAUAGUAAAGUAAAUCUGGUGGCUCUAGAAACAAUGCAUAAGAUGAUCCCUUUACUCAGAGACAACUUAUCUCCCAUAAUCAACAUGUUGAUUCCAGCAAUUGUGGAUAACAAUCUGAACUCCAAGAAUCCAGGCAUCUAUGCUGCUGCCACCAAUGUGGUUCAGGCCCUGAGUCAACAUGUAGACAAUUACUUACUUCUACAGCCAUUUUGCACAAAAGCUCAGUUUUUAAAUGGAAAAGCAAAACAAGAUAUGACAGAAAAACUUGCUGACAUUGUCAUGGAGCUGUACCAAAGGAAGCCUCAUGCCACAGAACAGAAGGUGCUAGUGGUCUUGUGGCACCUCUUAGGGAACAUGACGAACAGUGGCUCUCUGCCUGGAGCUGGGGGAAAUAUACGAACAGCCACAGCUAAGUUAUCCAAAGCACUUUUUUCACAAAUGGGUCAGAAUCUUCUAAAUCAGGCUGCGUCUCAACCCCCACACAUCAAAAAGAGUUUAGAGGAAUUGCUUGAUAUGACAGUUUUAAAUGAACUAUGAAUUUUUGAUGAAAUAAUGGUAUGAUGAAUAGUUUACAUGAUGACAAAUGAGAUGAGACUUUUCCCAAGUUACAUUUGAGUGCCUGCAUUUCCUGUCCAGUAAAUUAUGUCAAUGGCUAUUUUUAUUUGCAGCCACGCAUAUAUGUCUCUCUUGCAUCAACCCUGCCACUUAUAGCCAUCACAUAAAAUUCCAUUGUAAUUAAGAUAACCUAAUAGUCAUGAAAUCUGAGGCACAUGGAAUGAAUUCAGUUUUAAUGUUUUUGAGACAAAUCCUGCUCAUUUGCACUAUUCUAUAGAAACUGCAACUUGUUGCCCUAUAUGUACAAUUAGAUUUGUAAUUAAAAUAUAAUUUUUAUUAUGUAAUCAUGUUCUGCUAUGUCUCAUUACUCUGCCUUGUUUUAUGAUGUGGUGGAAAAGUCAUACAGCUAUGUUAUCACAAAGUUGAGUUUUGUGUGCUAUUUGUGAAUAACAGGUUUCUGAAUCAGUCUGUGAAUAUGGUUCUGCAGUAUUAGCUUGCUAUUGCUGCUGCGUUGAUAUAUUUGCUAACUUUUGGGGUUUAAUCAUCAGCAUAAUUGUGAAAUUUAACAAGAUAUAAUAAAGCAUGAUGACCAAAGGUUUAAAAAAUGUUAAACAUUUAAAUGCACGUUUAAGAAACGUGUCGAAUGUAACUUUCUUAUCUUUGUGUGCAGACAUUAAAUUUUAUUUCUGUAUGUCCAUUGAUAAAGGUGUUAUUUUGCUGCCCAGUUGUGUAAUUCUCAAAAAAUAGUGCCAGGUCUUCUAUAGUUUUCUCAGAAUUCUUGGGCUUACAAGUACUGUAUGCAUCUUAAAGAAGAAAAGGAAUGUUAUAAAAUAAAGGAUUUAUUUCUGUA